AAGGCAGUGUUAUUAUGUGCGUCAGUCGGGAUUUUGCUUUGAAAGUUCAAACCGGAUGUGUGGUUGGUGGUGUGUUCGGGUGUGCUGGUGGUACAGUCACAUCUGUGCGGUCGCUUCCGUUAUCUCUGCUUGUCCUGUCAAGCGUCUGGAAAAGCUAAAAAGUCUACACAGAAGAAUAAUGUAGUCAAAGCUCAAACCAGGAGACCACAACCGACUGUCAACCGACUGUAUUGUUUGUUGUUAUUUUUAUCUGUCAGCUCGAAAUGGCGGAAGAGAGUCAGCCCGCUGUUAGUGUUGUCCCUGAUGAUGAUAACGAGGGGAAGUUCAAGAAAAGUGACUGUGUUGCUUUUUACAGGCGACAGAUGCAGGGGCCAAACUUGCAGUACCGAGCCCUUUUGGACACCAUGGUGCUCACAGAGAAAGGGGCACGCUUUGAACUGUUGGAGCCCGACACACAGACCAGACUGGUUCUUUCUGUGUUACCUUGCAAAAAUGACACUGUAAAGAUCCUGGUAGAUGAACUCCUGCCCAUCAAAGCACGCUACCGAGUUCCAGAUGUGAUAAUUGGGGAGCCACAGUGUGAACAGUUGAGAGUGGAGAGACAGACCACGGACUCUGUUACCCUUUCUUGGUCAUCGGGGCGUCAUCAGGUUCAUGUGUGGCAUUUUCCUUUCCGAGUGGAGAUCCUGUGUGACGACGAAGUGAUGGUUACAUUCAAUUCUAAAGGCAAACUGUGGUUUGAGACACUGCAGGAGAGACCCAGUGAGCUUCAAGAGGGCCCCUCGAGUUUAUUAUGGCAAGAGACUUUCAAGCAAUUUGUGGAUAUCAAAGCUAAUGGUCCCAGCAGCAUUGGAGCAGACUUCUGCCUUCAUGGGUUCAGUCAUGUGUACGGUCUCCCAGAACAUGCUGACAGUCUGCAGCUCGGAGACACUGGAGAUGGUAAACCUUAUCGGCUGUACAACUUGGAUGUCUUUGGCUAUGAGUUGUACAAUCGCCUCGGCCUGUACGGGUCUGUACCACUGCUGGUGGCCCACAAGCUCGACAGGACUUUGGGUGUAUUUUGGCUGAAUGCAUCUGAGACUUUUGUGAACGUACAUCACAGUCCCACUGACCAUCAGGAUGACCAAACACCCCCAGUAAAGAGGAGGCGGGUGCAGCCUCAGACUGACGUCCACUGGCUGUCAGAGAGUGGUGUGAUUGAUUGCGUGGUUCUGCUCGGGCCCAGUCCACAGCAGCUCUUCAGCCAGUAUGCUCAGCUGACAGGGUAUCAAGCCUUACCCCCUCUGUUUGCCCUCGGGUACCAUCAGUGCCGCUGGAACUACAAUGACGAAGCUGAUGUGAAGGCUGUAGAUGCUGGAUUUGAUCGCCACAACAUCCCAUAUGAUGUUAUCUGGCUGGACAUUGAGCACACGGACGGAAAGCGUUAUUUCACCUGGGACCCUGUUCUUUUUCCUGAACCAGUUGGUCUGCAGCGCCACCUAGAGAAGAAGAAAAGGAAGCUGGUCAUUAUUAAUGAUCCCCACAUCAAAGCUGAUCCGAAUUGGUCCCUGUACUGUGAGGCCAGAGAUGGUGGACAUUUUGUCAAGGACAGAGAGGGACAGCUUUACCAGGGCUCAUGCUGGCCCGGUGUGUCCUGUUACCUUGAUUUCAGCCGCCCAGCCACUCGAGCAUGGUACUCCAGAUGCUUCGCCCUGGAUAAGUACAAAGGAUCAACACCAUCGUUAUUUGUGUGGAAUGAUAUGAACGAACCGUCCGUGUUCGACGGGCCGGAGCAGACGAUGCCAAAGGACGUAGUGCAUUAUGGGGGGUGGGAACACCGGGAAUUGCACAACCUGUAUGGCUUUUACCAGCACAUGGCCACAGCAGAGGGUCUGAUAACUCGCUCAGGUGGCUCAGAGAGACCUUUUGUUCUGUCACGCUCCUUCUUUGCUGGGUCGCAGAGAUUCGGAGCAGUGUGGACAGGUGACAACGUCGCCAGUUGGCAGUAUCUGAAGAUCUCCAUCCCAAUGCUUUUGUCUCUUAGUGUGGUAGGCAUAGUAUUUUGUGGAGCCGAUGUUGGUGGGUUUGUUCAGGAUCCGGAUCCAGAGCUGCUGGUGCGCUGGUACCAGGCCGCCGCCCUGCAGCCGUUUUUCCGCGGUCACUCUGCAAAGGUGACCAAGCGUCGGGAGCCCUGGCUGUUUGGAGAGAAGGUUACCGCUGCAAUCCGCACUGUAAUCCAACAGAGGUAUUGCCUGCUGCCCUAUUGGUACACUCUGUUCCACCAGGCUCACACCUCUGGUCUGCCUCCACUCAGGCCCCUGUGGGUGGAGUUCUCAAGAGAUCAGAGCACCUUCGCUGUGGACAACCAGUACAUGAUUGGAGGAGCCCUGCUGGCCUGCCCUGUCACUGAACCAGGUCUUCAGGAAAUCAAAGUGUUGCUUCCUGGAUCUGGUGAGAUUUGGUAUGAUGUUCAGUCUGCAAAGGCGCACAAAGGAGGCAAGACACUGAGUCUCCCGGUGACCCUGGACACAGUCCCUGUGUUCCAGCGUGGCGGCUCAGUGGUCUGCAGGUCAGUAGGAAGUGGCUCCUGUACAGCCGAACUCCAGCAGCUGCCCCUCUGCAUCACUGUGGCUCUGAACUCUCAGGGUGCUGCUGAUGGUGACUUAUACCUGGACGACGGCCACUCAUUCGACUACCGUGACAGAAAGUCCUUCUGUCUGCGCAGGUUCAGCAUGCUGUCAGGCCGGCUGCUCUGCCGUCCUGCCAGUGAAGAAGGAGCAUCAUUUGACUGUGAUACUGUCGUACAAUCAGUCACCGUCCUGGGGGUGAAGAGCAAACCGUCCACAGUGAUUGUGCAUGUGUCAGGUGCUAAAGACACUUCUGCUGCUUUUGAAUUUGUGGACACCUGCUGCUCAGUGACAGUGAGCGGCCUGAGCCUCAGAGUGGCGACGGACUGGGAGAUACAGAUAGACUAACUGUGAAUGUGUCAGUGACUGAUUUUAUGUCCACUCAUUCAGUUUUUCCCAUUUUCUUUUUGAGCAUUUUGAAGAAGAACCUAAGACUGACGAAUUGGCAAAUCCCUCCAUUUACAUCUGUUUCAUCAAGUUCUGUAGUUUUUUUCCUCAGUCGUGACAAAUGAGAACAAGAGGUGCUUCUUUUAAUGUGUUUUGCCUUGAAUGAUCAUGAAACUGCUCGUGCUAAAUAAUGAUCAUGAAUUCUGAAGUGCAUCUGAUUUUAAAGCCAUGGAGUGAAAUGAAUAAAUGAAGCACUGAUGCGCAGCUGCAAGUGUUUCUCGCUGUAACAGACUCUCUUUUAUGUUUUAGCAUGUCGUCAUGGUUCAACAAUACUGUGUUGUGUGUCCUGACCUCUUCCCAAAACCGAUGUUUGCUCACUUAAGAGUGACACAAAAUAGUACAAUAGGAAAUGCUGGAAUAAGCUGGAUUCUUGUAUGAGACGUUACAAGGAAACUACAGAGAAUAAUCAGAGCAAAAACACCCUGAUGU